ACCUGUAUGUGUGAAGAGUUUGCUAGUGUUAUUUUUUGCAGACAUCAUUCUGUAAUUGUGGCACAGGUGGGUUUACCGUCACAAGACAACCUCUGCCCUUUUCACUGGUCUCCAUAAAACAAUUAUGGAUGAUUUCACAGACUGAUUUGGUUAAAGUUUGAUGGUCAUUAUAGUUAGACAUUGAGAGCCAGAGGUUUGCAGCAUUGGCUCAGUCAGCCUGUGGAAAGGAGGCUCAUUCUAUGGGAGACUCUACAAGAGGCCUGUGAAGUCAACAGGGAAAUGGUGCAGAAGUCUACUGUGGUGGGCCUCGUUUUGCUGCUGCUGGCUGCAGGCGGCACGUUUUUGGCCGUUUUCUUUUCAGUGCAGGGCAAGAAGGCCUCUCCUGAACCUGAACCUGAAAAUGGUUACUUCAAGGCAGCAGUGGCAGCAGAUGCUGGGACGUGCUCAGAGAUCGGCAGGGAUAUCCUGAAGAGAGGUGGUUCUGCUGUAGAUUCUGCCAUUGCUGCUCUGCUGUGCGUGGGAUUGAUGAAUGCCCACAGCAUGGGCAUCGGAGGAGGGCUCUUCUUCACUAUUUAUGAUGCCAAAACAGGAAAAGUCGAAACCAUCAAUGCACGUGAGACGGCCCCUGCAAACGCAACCAGAGACAUGUUUGGAAAUAGUACAGAUCUUUCCCAGAAAGGUGGUUUGUCCAUCGCUGUUCCUGGAGAGAUACGGGGGUAUGAAAUGGCCCAUAAACGGCAUGGCAAGCUUCCAUGGAAAGAGCUGUUUUUACCCAGCAUACAACUGGCCAGAAACGGCUUUCCUGUUGGCAGAGCAUUGGCAAGUGCCAUUCAAUCAAACAGAAACAUCAUUAUGGGUGAUAAGAUGUUAUGUUCUGUGUUCUGCGAUUCCACCGGUAACAUCCUACAGGAAAACCAAACCAUCACUUUCACAAAACUGGCUGACACUUAUGAGGUCAUUGCAGAGAAUGGGCCUGAUGCUUUCUACAGCGGACGGCUUGCUGAGAGCCUUGUGAGGGACAUCCAAGCUGCAGAUGGGAUACUAACUCUGGAGGACUUGAGAGAUUACAAGCCCUUAUUGGAUGAUUACCCCCUCACUACCACCGUGGGUGAAUACACAAUGGUGACACCAAACGCGCCUGCCAGCGGCCCAGUCCUCACACUGAUACUCAACAUCCUGAGCGGAUACAACUUCAGUUCAGACAGUGUCUCCACCACUGAAAAGAAAACCCUCACCUAUCAUCGCAUAAUAGAGGCAUUCCGGUUUGCGUAUGCCAAGAGGAGCGUCUUGGGGGAUCCAACAUUUCUCAACAUCUCUAGUUUCAUCCAGAACAUUACCUCGAAGGACUACGCUCACAUGAUACUUCAGAAGAUCACAGAUAAUACGACUCAGCAAGAGAGCUACUAUGAACCCGAGUUCUACAUUCCUGAUGAUCAUGGCACAGCACAUGUGUCCGUAGUGGCAGAGGACGGCAGCGCGGUCGCCGCCACCAGCACCAUCAACCUAUAUUUUGGCUCCAAGUUUAUGUCAAAUUCAACAGGAAUUAUACUGAACAACGAGAUGGAUGACUUCAGUUCUCCCUUGAUCACCAAUAACUUUGGAGUUCCUCCUUCUCCCAACAACUUCAUUGCCCCACAUAAAAGACCCAUGUCUUCUAUGUGUCCCACCAUCCUGCUGGACAAAAACAAUAAGGUUAAAAUGGUGGUUGGAGGCUCUGGUGGAACAAAGAUCACCACAGCAGUGGCCAAGGUGAUCUUAAAUGCACUGUUCUUCGACUAUGACCUGAAGAAAGCGAUAGUAGACCCGAGAGUUCACAAUCAGCUCAGUCCAAACACCACACAAGUAGAGCCUGACCUCGACAAGGCAAUUUUGGAGGGUCUUGCUGCGAAGAACCACGUAAUAGAGGUGUUGAAGUCCAUGGGCGCAGUGGUUCAGGCCGUGGUCCGGAACAGUGCUGGCCUCAGCGCUGAGUCAGACCCCCGUAAGGGAGGAUACGCAGCUGGGUACUGACAUCCGACUCAGCGAUCCAGGGCUUCAGUCCAGCUGGAGGCAAUGGAGAUGCUACUUUCAAGACCCCAAGGGAACUUUGCCCUCAUGCUGCUCUGAAACAACCAAGUGCCUCCAUCAGAGAUACAGGCAAAUCAGCUCUGAACAAUCAAAAGCUCUAGUAAUGUUGAUCUCUACACACUCCAUUUUCAGUGAAUGAGGAAUAAAACAAAUUCAAAUACACUCACAAUGGAAACGCACCAUCAUUCUACAGCUGUUUCUUCCGAAAAUUUCCACACAUCAUAAUCUCUACAGUUCUUAUUACUGCGAAAGGGUAUUUAUUUCUGCUAAUAAACGUGUUGUGAUGGCCAUUAUGAACUUUCUUGCGUGACUUCUGUCUGUAUUAAGAUUUACAUCCAGGCAAGAGAACAUUUUUGCAAGACUAAGCAGGAGCGUCUCAGGGGACAAAGUUUUAAUCAAGCUUCUAAUAAGAGCUGAAGCGUGAACAAGAGUUGAAAUGCCCGUUUUAAAGUCCCACGAGUAUGUGGUCCUGCCUACAGGCACCGGCCCGACAUCAAGCAGCAUCAUUAAUGAUGAAGUUGUGGGGGACAGA